UCACAUUUCCAGUUUAGUGAGGAACUGAAGCCUUCAUUCAAAAUUCGCGUUAAUAAGGUUAACAAAAAAAUAUUUCCAGUUAUGGACAGGAAAACCCAUUAUAGUAUUGUAGCUUCCAUUAAUUGAACGACAUUAAUAAUCUGUGCGGUUUUUAUCAUCAUAUAUAAAGCUCUCACAAUUAGAACAGUUUCUUCCUACACCAUGAAAACUUCGACGACUCUGUUGGUGCUUUCAGUUGCAGUUGUGAGUGGAACCGGAGGAAAUACAUUUUUUGGAAGUGUUGCAUCAGAAGACUAUUAUCUAAGAAAUAAUGUUUUCGAUUGCCCUAGAAGGUACUACCCACCACAGCCUCCACAAACCGAAUACGCUGUUUCUGGAGGCGUGAGAGCUUUUGAUGGAGAAUAUCGUCAUAUGGUCGCAAUAGGAUGGGUGUAUGAUGGCAACAUUAGGUAUUUGUGCGGAGGCAGCAUAAUUCACGAAAAGUUUAUACUGACAGCAGCACAUUGCUCCGCACCUGUUAAUGGGAUUUAUCCGACUACUGUACGAGCAGGAGACACUGACCUGGGAAGUAAUGAAAAUGAUUUUAUGGCUCAACAACGAAAUAUAUCGCGAAUUCUCCGACAUCCAUUGCAUCGCCACAUUAGAAGCUACCAUGAUCUUGCACUAAUCGAAUUAGACCAAGCACUGUCCUUCCAUUUACAAGUGUCUCCUGCUUGUCUAUGGCACGAAAAGUACAUUCCACAGGAGCCACUUAAUAUUGCUGGGUUCGGUGAAGUGAAUUUGGGAGAGGGUCCCAGUUUGACCCUUCAGCACGGUUAUGUGAUGGAUCGGCCCACAGAUGAAUGCGAGAAGAUGUUACCUUCCAGACGCAUUCCUGACGGGAUAUUGGAGAGCCAAUUUUGUGCAUCGCACGACACUAUGGAUACAUGUCGGGGUGAUUCAGGCGGCCCAAUCGAACUCAGAAGAAUUGACCUUUUCAAACAAGAGUUUUCUCUAAUCGUCGGUAUAACAUCAUUUGGAACGGCUUGCGGUAGUGGAUCUAUUGGAGUGUACACAAAAAUUUCGCAUUACAUAGAUUGGAUAGAAAUGCAAACGAAUCAAUCGUACGAGUAUAAUCAAUGUAUGUCUCGGAUUCUGCAUACGAAGUAUAAACCACAUGGAAUUACAUUUCUUCCCACAAACAAACCAUUCCCAUACGUUCAUCUGGUAAGGAAUCGUUCUGCUGAACUAGAAUAUGACUGUAUGGGAACUCUGAUCGACGAUCAGUUUGUUGUCACGUCGGCCUUUUGUGCUACGCAUGAAGCAGGCUCCCCGGAAUUCAUAUACGUACCGACCAAUCAAGAAUUCGUGCCUAUUGAAACAGUCAUCCCGCAUCCUCAGUACGAUGUGGAUACUCUGGCGAAUGACAUUGCGUUACUUAAGCUGGGCAAAUUUUUGGUACGAGAUCUCAAACCGGCUUGUUUGCCCGAACGGAAUUACUCAACUGACAAGCAGACCGUAAACUUCAUGCUGAACUCUAUUGGACCUGCGAUCAAUUAUUUUUUUAGACGUUUCAUACCUGAAAGUGAUCAAUGCCCCGAAUCUUUCGACGGAAUUUGUAUGCAAAACCCUCUCCCAUUAAUUCCCAAUAUCUGUCAGGUUAUGAAUGGUGCUCCCAUUUUGAAAGGAGAUGUAGACGGAACACCAUUUCUGUACGGCAUAAUGGACGCAAAUAAUGAUGAUUGUAAUGGAAAACUUCGAGGCACUUUGAUUGAGCCACAUUUAGAAUGGAUAGAAAGUGUUAUCCGACGUUAUCUCCGAAGGGAAGUUUUGAUUUUCGAUUAGUUUAAUAGUUUAAUGCAAUCCCACGAAUUUACUAUAUUUAGCAAAUACUAGAAGGAAAGCAUAUCUUCAUAGGCAGCUUGUGAUAUGUAUUUCAUUGUAGUAAAUAAAAUAUUCUGUACAGAGGCGCCAACUUCAUGAAAUUAUUGGGGGCCAUGGAGGCAUGAAAUUAUUCAAUGCUGGAAAUGAAAACAUUAAUGUAGUCGAUAAGAUUUGAUUUAGGACUUAUGAUAAACAUAUUUUAUUGAAAAAUACCAUUUUAUCAGUAAUACCUACCUUAUAAUCUACAUUAGAACAUAUGUGAAAUGUAGAUUACAAGGAAUUGCUGAUAAUGGUAUUUUUUAAUAGGGGAAUUGCUCCGUUUUCCACACCACUGAACUUAUAUUUAUCUCAUCGUGAAACAAAGUAAUACGGCACUAAUUUUGUCGCUUCUUUUUGCUAACAUGCGUGCUUACUGCUGAAA